AUGGUCAAACCGAGGCUCAUCAUCCUCAUUCGGCACGCUCAGUCAGAGGGCAACAAGAACCGCGAUAUUCACCAAACGAUACCCGACCACCGAGUAAAGUUGACACAAGAUGGCUGGCAACAAGCCUACGAAGCUGGCCGCAACCUGCGCAAGUUACUGCGUGCCGAUGACACACUGCAUUUCUUUACUUCCCCCUACCGCCGGACUCGCGAGACAACCGAGGGCAUUCUCUCGACUCUGACAUCCGACGAGGAGGAUCCUUCUCCGUUCAAGCGCUCCAACAUCAAGGUCUACGAGGAACCUCGCUUGCGUGAGCAGGACUUUGGUAACUUCCAGCCGUGCUCCGCCGAAAUGGAACGCAUGUGGCAAGAGCGUGCCGAUUACGGCCAUUUCUUCUACCGCAUCCCCAAUGGCGAGAGCGCCGCAGACGCCUACGACAGAGUUAGUGGCUUCAAUGAGAGUCUGUGGCGUCAGUUUGGCGAGAAUGAUUUUGCCAGCGUUUGUGUAUUAGUCACCCACGGCCUCAUGUCCCGGGUGUUCUUGAUGAAGUGGUAUCACUUCACUGUCGAGUACUUUGAGGACCUGCGGAAUGUCAACCACUGCGAGUUUCUCAUCAUGCGCAAGCAAGAAGAGAGCGGCAAGUACAUCCUCGAGAAUAAACUCCGGACAUGGUCAGAGCUACGCAAGGAGCGGGCCGAGUUAAAGGAGAAGGAGGAGAAGGAACGUAGCGAGGUCGAGGGAAACCAGGAAAGGUCCACCAAGGAUGCCAAGAACGGUACUCUUCUCGAACGCAGUAAGACCUUCAUCGUCACGCGGCGCUGGGGUGGCUGUCCUAACGGGUGUAAUCACAAGAGCCACUACCAGAGGCGAGACGACCUGGAAGCCCUUCGCCGAACGGACGAAGUCACCUCUAAUGGGUCUGUUGUAUCCCGUCGGCAGUCCCCUGCACCAGGACGGCGACCCAUUAAGCGAUGCGAGCAGGGAUACACAUCCGACGAGGGCACCGACAGCGAUGGCCGGCCACCGCAGAUCGACGUCACCCGAGCUCGCCAUGAAGUUGUUUCAUCUCCCGAUGGAACCCCAUCCUUUAUCUCUGCCGAAGAUCGUCUACGGAGCAUGAUCUCGCCGCACCUGAAUGUUGGCCGCGAUUUUGGCGGGACUUUCUCCGGACAGACCUCGAUUGCCGGCAGUGACACAGACUCUUCCGAGGAGGAUGGCCACAGACCGGAGGUCACAGCCGUGACCAAGAUCAAGGUUGGCAUUGUGUCUAAUGGAGACGGCAACGGCGCCAACGGCAGUAUCAACAGCAUCGUCGGUGGUCAAACCAAAGGAAACAUGACACCAAACACCGAAGAUGAGCAAUCAGACGAGAAGAGCCGGCGGCGCCGCGCCAACCGCCUUGGCGAUACCAAUAGCAGCCACCGAGGCUCUGAGGCAGACGAGGAUGACAUUGACGCCGCGGAGAAGCGGGACAGGAGUAUCUUGGGCAGUGUUUACUGA